GUCAUCUUCCAAGGUUAUGUUGGACACUUUGCCGACAGAAACUCCCUGUGGCUACUGAGAUAGUACUGACUCAUUGUCUCUCUGUGUGUAGCAUAGGAUGUUUGGUUCAGAGUCUCUCCAGUUUUAUGUACUGUAUAUAUAUAAUCAGAAAACAAUACAUUCAUGUGUAUUCAUUUAGAGCUUUAAUUAAUUCCUCAAAAUAGUAUAUAUAUGGAAAUGGAAGUUUGUUAUUCAGUACUUGAAUAACAAAGAUCAGCAAGUUCUGCAAGGAGCACAGGAUCCUUAAACUUCUGUCGAAGAGAAAACGGUCCUUUUGUGCAUUAGGGCUCAAUUGUAACAUGAGCAUAAAAAAGACAAAGAAAAGCUGUUGGCAGGACUGAAAGGAAAAACAGAAAAUAAAAUUGCAAAUCUAGCAGAUGGCGCUACAUAAAUUGAAAAGACCAAAGUAUGCGUGUCAGUGUUCUAGAAUAGCAGACAUAAGUAACUGAACUUGAUGUUUUGGAUCAGAUGAGACUUAGAUUAACCAAGAUUAAGAAACUGCCUAAAAUCACAAUAGAGACAGAGGUGGUUUUGGUGACCCUUUGCAAUAUAGAAUCUUCAUGAAAGAAGAUAUGGAGAAGACUGAUGCUCACCUAUUAUUUUAAGAUAGUUAGGCAUUGCCUGCUUAUGCAUUAUAUUAUAUUAAUGUAUUGCAAGUUAUCCAGUACGUUACAGAUGAAUAAACCAUCCAACAUGAGUCAUCAUUUUCAAAUUCCAAUUUCAACUUAGAGACAAGUGGAGACCAUCUGGAUGUGACAUUUAUUAAGACAUAAAGAGCAAGUUUCAAAAACUGCAAGUAUCAAUUAGAGUAAGACUAAGAUAGCCUUACAUAACAUAGCACCAUCACUCUCCUAGUUGGAUAAGUAGCCCUUAUACAGCCUGGAGGUGUGUUUUGGAUCAUUGUCCUGUUGAAAAAUGAAUGAUAGCCCCACUAAGCAAACCAGAUGAGCAUGUCGCUGCAGAAUGCUGAGGUAGCCAUGCUGGUUGAGUGUUGCUUUGAAUUCUAAACUAAUCACUGUAAGUGUCACCUGUAAAGCACCCCUACACCAUCACACCUCCUCCUACAUGCUUCAUGGGGGAACCACACAUGCGGUGAUCAUCUGUUCAACAAGUCUGCAUCUUACACAUCAGUUGGAACCAAAAACCUCAAAUUUGGACUCAGAUCAAAGAACAGAUUUCCAUCAAUCUAUAGUUUAUAUCCAUUUCUCUUAUUUCUUGGCACAAGCAAGUCUUAUCUUAUUGGUGUUCAUCAGCAGAAGUUUCUUUGCAGCAAUUCAACCAUAUUAGGCUGAGUCAUGCAGCCCUAUCUGAACAGUUGAUGUUGAGAUGAGUCUGUUAUUUGAACUUUGUGAAGCAUUUAUUUGGGCUGCAAACUGAGGCAAAGAGUGGCUAUCUAUAAUAUGAAAUGUAUCUGUUUAACACUUUGGUUAGUACAUGAUUCCUUAUGUAUUAUUGCGUAGUUUUGAUGACAGUUAUUCUACAAUGUGAAAAAUUAGAAAUCUAAAGAAACACUUUCGAAUGAGUUGGUGUAAAAAUGUUUACUGGUACAGUAGGUGGUUACAAAAUAUACUUUUAUUCAAAGCUAUCCAUGUUCGGUAAAACAUUUCCUGUCAACAAAGGCAUGUGUUUAAUUUCUCUCUACUCUAUUUACUAUCGGGGGAGUUGAAUGUGUCCCUUAAUGUCCCACUUUAAUUAUUUAAAAUAGAGGAUUUUUUCCUGACCACAAUUGCACCACUAAAACCAUUCUAAAGGAACUUGGGGAAAAACAGAUUUUUAACAAGUUUGUUGAUAUCAAGAGACACAUUCCAUACCCUGAUGGUAAUACUGUCCGUGUGUUUCUCUAAGUUGAAGAUUAAUCGAAUGAUAAAGUUUAUCCUGCUUGAUUUAUUAUAAUGUUACAUACAUCUGGCCAUUUAUAAGAACCAGUUGAGGUUAGCUUCAUUGCUGAGAAUAUUUUCUCAGUCAUUGGUUUAAAAAAAAAUAAUUAAAAAGAUUCUACACUUCAAUUGACACUACCUUCAACUGCCUUUUGAGAAACAGAAUGUGAAGAUGCCACAGAAUCACCAUGGAAACUAAGCAGCAAGCCCUUUUUCUCAACAACAGGCUUCUGCUAGGGCCAGACCUAUCCAACCCACCUCCUUGAUAACCAACAUUGUGGGGCACAUUCCAACAGGUCAGAGUAUUGCCUCAGGAUGUUGUGUGUUUCCUCAGGUGGCCUGAUGGGGAUGUCAGACAACAGCUGGAAGAAUAAAGGAUAACAGUCUAUCUAUUCUGUACCACUUCAUCCCACAGCUGUACUUCCUUUGAACUUAUGAUUACUUUUGCUGAAGAUAACAUUGGCAAGUAUAUUGAGUAGGCUGUCGAUACCAUUUCCUGCAUAGGAAAAGGCCAUAGAGAUUAAAGAGCUUGACCUUAGAGAGAACUGUGGAUGUAGAUGUAGAAGCUGACACAUUGUCAUUCCGAAUCAUGAAAAACCAAUCUCACACUAGAAGAGGUAGUAUACUAUUUAUCACCGCUCAGGGCACAACACUAGGAUUUCUGAUGCGGAAAAACUAGAUGUCUGAUUGGCGGUAGAAGGAACUUCUUGAACAUCUCAAUCGAAUGACUGGUUUCCAUGUUAACAGACCGACUGGUUUGUGGUGAAAUCUCCUGAGGUAGGAUAUGGUGUUGUGACCCUUCUAUGAAAAACACCUUAAUAGACCACAUCUAUAUUUUACUAAACACCCAACAAAUCAAGAAACUUUGACAUAUUUGUGGCAAACAUGGAGUCAUGAAAGAGCACUCAGUGGCAGAUUUGGGCUUGAAAGUCAGUCUGGCAGAUGAUGCGUCACGUGGCAUGAUAUGUAUUGAAGGUCUAGAAUGUCUGCUUAAGGUAUAGUUACAUUGGCCAGAUCUGAUGACCAUGAGGUCCAAAGAGACUCAUCAUCAACUGCACACUGGUGAAGAAAGUGAUGUAGAACAUAGCCCCACUAUUUAACAAACAAUGGAUAUUGUAUGGAUCACAGUAUGAGAAGGUUUAUCUGUAGAAGAGGUUAAGUGGUUGAAACGAAAUCUGAUAAAGACUGUUGUCAUACAACACAAGCUGUGAAGCAGCUGGGAGUGACGUUGCAGAUGUGAGUGACGUUGCAGCUGGGAGUGACGUUGCAGAUGUUUCGUUCUUAGCUUCUUCUUCCUCUGUCUUUGAUCCACUCUGACAAGGUCCUGAUGGGAGGCAGUUAUGCAGGGGAUGGGCAAGCCCUGCUAGCUGCCUUCAGAAUGUUCCAGGACGUUCCAUCAUUUUCCCUUGAGGCUGUUGGUGGGAGACUGAUGCAGCAGGCAAGGGUGCAUUCGCAGUACAAGAGAUUGAUCACAGCGUGAUCAAAAGCAACCUGUUUCCUAAUGGGAUAAAUUGACUUAAAGUCUACCUUUUGGUUCCCAUCACAGGUCAGGUAUUCAGGGGCAGGUACUCAAGACCAUAACAAGUAUCUUGGAGUGACCAAUCGACAAACUGUGGUUUGCAGCAGGAAACAACAGAAGUGGACUAACGCUGACACUUAACAAAGCGAUUUUUUUUUCAGUGAUAACCUUGUUGCAGAAUGCAGUCUCUUUCAGGUUUUCCCUAAACGUUUUGUUUACACUUUUCCUGGCAAGAAUUUAAACUCCACAUAAGACUGAUGAAGGAUUCAGAUCCAGCAUUGUGCUAUAGACCAUUGGCGUUUCUGUUUUCUAUGUACAACUUUCCACCAGUUGCUCACAAGAUUCGUCCAGGUGUUUUGGCAUGGGUCAUGCUUCUGCCGUCUUGAUCGUCAAUCGAUAAUUCAAUAUGUGGAGACUUUAAAGAUAAUUAUGAGAUUGUGUAGAAGCCCUCCAACUCAACUCUGGUUUUUGAGGCCAGUUCCACUACAUUUUUAUCAUUGGAACCUUCUAAUCAGGGCCUUCUUUAGACAUGGGAGAUCUGGUGAAAACAGAAAACCAGCUGCCUCAGGACCUUGUAGGGUAAGAGUUGAAUACCCCUGGUGUAGAGCAUGUAGAUACUUUUUAUAGUGUCAUCAUUAGUGAAGGUAAUCAGCAGACAGGGUGCAAGGAGGUAUUAGUGAAACACAGGGAGGUGUUGCACUGCUGUAAAGCUGUUAUGACCACCAAGGAAUGGCGUUGACCUUCCAUCUCAUGGAAACGCAUUGCAGCUCUCAAGUGCCCUCAACACUUUCAUCAUCACUCUCUAGAAGAGACCCACUCAAAACAUGGGUGAUGCAUUAGGAUUACGGGCCCUAUUCUAAAGUAGCCUUUUACAAACUGAAGCAGACACAUCUGUAUGCAUGGAUUCACUAUGCUUGAUUUUGAGCAAAGAACCACAAGAGUACCUUCAGUAAUGAGAGUGCUCAAAAGAUUUAAAUUAUGCAUAUAUUGUAUGAUUUUUUGAUAUGCUAUUAUCAUUCAUUCAAAACGGAUACUUCUGUAUCCCAAGGCAUAUUCUGUGGGAAGUUAUUGAAGACAUGAAAUGCAGUACAGGGAGUGGUUGAGGAGUGUGAUCUUAGAAGUGAAGAAUAUUUACAUAAACUAAGUAGAUAAAUGUCUGAACAGGGAACAGACAUUUCAGUAGAAGAUAAUCUUGCUUUCUGCAAAAGAAAAUCUUUUUUUGACUUGGAUCCCUUCAUGCCAGUGUUAAUGGGUGUUACAUAGGUGUGCUUUCAGGGGAGAGAUCACCAGUGAAGUUUCUAUUAUUGUGCUAUCUCUAGAGAUGCAAUGCUCUCAGGCUGCGUUUUAUCCAGCGCCAGCCUCACUUAGCAGGGUUGGAGAGCUGUCCCUCACAGAGAGGUAUGGCACUGAAGCCUUCCUGGUUUAAAAGCUAAAUGGGGAGUAUGAAAGGGGAGGCAGGGGUUUAAAAAGCAGCCCUAGCUGAGUGAGCAAGAGGCGGGGUCAGCUAGGUUUGACUAAUUGUGUUUUAAAGUGGGUCUUUGAGCACACAAUAGGGAAUGGGAUGGUUUUAACUCCCCUGUGAAGUGCUAGAGGAUGAGAAAGUUGUCAGAUUUGUAGGUCAGGCUGCAGGGGUUGUUGUUAGGCAGAUUCUGUGAUGGUAUUUUGUUCCUAAUUUUGCCUAGUGAUGUUGUUUCUGUACUAAUAUCUAUUAUUUACUCUUAACUAUUAUUUGCAGCUCUGCCAGCAAUAGGUUUUGCUUUUUGCAGAUGCAUUUUAAGACCAUUGUAUCACAGUUCUCUUCUCUAUCAUAUUGAUUUUCUUUCCAGCCAAGUUAGUUUUGUUUACUUGCAGUGUCAUUCCUUCUCUGCAAUACUGUGAUAUGAUCUUAAUUGAUUUCACAAUAAAAGCAGGAGUGUUUCCUACUGCCAUCUGGUGCUCAUCAGAGCCUGACCCGGUUUUGGUGUGCUACGUGAGCAUGUGUGGCUCCAGAGAGACCUGUCCCCUCCUUGUGCUGAUACAGGAAUGUAGAAGGAGGGCACAGACAGCCCAGCCCAGCUAUACCUACUCCACUCCCGUUUGCAGUGCUUACAAUUCCCUCCAACAUUGAGUCCUACACAUGGAUGUUCCAGGCGAAGGGAUGAGAGCUCAGUGUGCAGGUUGUCAUGUAAGCCAUCUCCUCUGGGGCCACCCCUCGCUGCAUGCUGCUUCCUGCCGCAGUGAGAGCAGCACUGCUGAGUACCAGCUCCUCCACUCACCAGAGGACACAUUAUCCCACCGCUGCCAUGGAGAAGCAUUGCUCCGAGUGUCCGGAGCCCAGGCUAGCCCAGAGCUUGUGUACCUUCUGCAACAAGUGGUUGUGUUACCAGUGCACAGACCUGCACCAACACCAGAGAGCUACACCCCAGUGCUCAGACCUGCACCAACGCCAGAAUCCUACCACCCCGUGUGCCGACCUGCACCAAAGGGAUCAGAGGUCCCCCAGCUCCUUACCUCCUCCUGAAUCAGGGCCUGGCUCGUGUGCCCGUCCACUCCUUAUGUGUAACUCUCACAGACAGGAGCCCUUGGAGCUGUUCUGCGAGUCAUGUGACCUCAUGUGCUGCAGCAGCUGUCACCUGUCCGCCCACAAGAACCACAGGUUGGUGCACAUUGGGAAGGCUCUCCAGGAUCAGCAGUGGCUGUUUGAGAGCCUGAUGGCUCAGGUGGAGGACAGGAGGUCUGCAGUGGAGAGCACAGCCAAACAGAUAGAGGAACGGCUGCAUGGUGUGAAGAUCACGCAGAGGAAAGCUGAGAACCAGAUUAAAAUGGCACGGAUGAUUAUGAUGAAUGAGCUGUACAAAAGGGCCAACCUAUUAAUAGAGCAACUGGAGAAAAUCUCCGAGGACUUCCAGCGACGGCUGGAGGAUCAGCUUCAGGGGGCGAUAGAGAUGUGCAGCCAGCUGGACCAAGUGCAAAACUUCAUCACCUGGGCAACGGCCCACCACCUCCGGAACCCACUGCUCUUCAGCAGGGAACUGAUUUCUCUUCAAAUGCAGCGAUUGCUUGAACCUCCGCUCCUCUCGGACUCCUGGCUUCCUGUGAAGAUCAAGUUCAACUGGGAUGCCAGCUACUGGACUAAACAGAUCUCAACUCUGGGUCAGCUCACUGCUGAAGGUGGGAACCGUUCAUACUCUGAGGGUGUGGCCUGCACCAGCAUCCUGAGGCCCCAGCCUAUUACCUGCUUGUCCCUGCCGUCUAUGUGCCACGGAGGGAGGGAGCAGGGCUGUGCUUUCCAGUCCUACUGUCAGCCCCAGAUGUGCUGUCUCCACUGCAUACCGCCGCAGCCGGCUGUGCAACUGAACAAGACCCAGUCGGAACCCAACCCCUACUCCCCCAGGUGUGCUCUGUCCAGCCACAGCUCCCCCUCCUUGGUCCUGCACCAGAGUGAGCUGUUAAGAUGCUUGGGCCCCGACAGUCCUCCACCAGCGAUGUUGUUCUCCACCAUACAGAGUCCCCAGCAGUCAGUGCUUCCCCCUGCCCCUGACCCAGGCCUGCUCAGAUCCAGCAGUGGAUCUGCUGGAAUCCAGAACCCAACUACAGCCCUCCACCAGCCCCAGAUAGAGUCUGGUUCUGACAGUUAUGCACCACCAGCUGCAGAUGGAGUCAGGGAAAGCCAGCAGGCCAGCAGAGGGAAAGAUCAGCCCUCUGGGCAGCCAGCUGUGGAGAGAGAGGUGCUGACUGAAGGGCUCCAGCAGGAGAGAAGAGAGCAGAUGCAUGCCCAGCAACAGCAGCUCUCCGCUCCCCUAGUGGCCGAGCUGAGAGUGGAGUCACACCUGGAAGAGCAGCAAGAGGGCAGGGUUACAAAGCCCGGUAAAGACGGCAGGCUUUUCUCUCCACAUUUAGACUUCUCCACACCUCCCCUCAGGGCUGAGGAUCAGAGAUCCACUUCACCGGGGAUGUCUGUGACAGCCCAUGGGUUCAUGUUGGAUGCUCUGAGCAGCAGGCCUAGCUCACUGUGUGGGAGGAAGAGUCGUUCUCAAAGCAUCCCACCGGAACUGGCAGGCCCCUCCCGCAGCCCCUCCACAGACACCCACAGCUUAGCAACAGCAGCCGUGGAAAGGGGACGCAUGGCAGACCAGCAUGGUUAUAUGGAUCCCAGACGGAGGAGGCUGUCUUCUGAUGGAGUGUUACGAUCUGUGUCUUCUUCCAGAAGCCAACCCAGUCUACGCCUGUCACCUUUGACCUCCUACAAGACAGAGCCAGAUUACAUUUAUGCGUAUGAGGAGACGCAUGGUUAUGAUGUAAAAGAAAAAUACAGGAUAUCAAGAAACAAUCAGGACAAACGGAGAGUUCAGAAGGAACCUGGGAAUUCCAGUUCCAAGGUUCCAGUGGUGUGUUUGGAGAGGCUGAAGAUCCUGGUGUCCCGGAUCCCACCACAGGGACGACGACAGAGUGACCCUCUGCCAGCCACAGCAACAGAAAGGUCUGGACCCGUCCCACAGAGCGAAUGGGGAGGCAAGGUGACUGAGGGAAUAUCAAAAGAAGCUGCAGUCGCAACAGUCAACCUGUGUCUGGAGACCCAAUCCUUGCAGAGACAGACUAUCAAUGUCCCACCUCCAGUGAUCUGUGAUUGGCCUGAUCAUGAAAGACACAGUCCUCACAAGGAGCUCACACUGCAAGUACCCCCCACUGAUCUUGUAUCGCCUCCACCCAAACCUUUCAUUGCACCUGACUCUGACUCAGACCCAAGGUCAGUCUCUGAAGUGGAAACACUUUCUGACCCUGAACUGGACUCUGACCCACAACAGUCGGAUCCCCAACAAGAGUCUGACACGCAUCCAGAGUCUGACACGCAUCCAGAGUCUGACACGCAUCCAGAGUCAGACCCACAUCCGGAGUCAGACCCACAUCCGGAGUCAGAUCCACAUCCGGAGUCAGACCUACAAGGUGAGUCUGCAUCAGAGGCUGAACUGGAGUCACUGAACGAGGCUCCUGCAGAGUCAGAACCUAGUGUGGGCUCAGAAGAGGGUGAGGAAUCAGAGAACGGUGAAGACCUGGAUGCUGAUGUGGAAUCAGAGGCCGAUAUGGAAUCAGACCAACAACCCGAUCCUGACUCAGACCCCAGUUUUCCAUCUGAACCACGUCCAGAAUCUGAUUCUGACCUGGAAUCCGACUUCGAACAACCUCCUGAAUCACAAGGUUCUGCAGAAUCUGGACCAGAUCUUGCAUUGGAACCGGACUCGGCACCUGACCGAGCCUGUCUAAGUCUCAAGUCCUCUUCUGCCCAGAGGGCAUUGUCUACAGACGCUGGUCCGCUGAGGCAUUGUGAAGGAGCCCAGCAAGCUUUGUCUGGGACAGAGACCAACGAGAUGGAGAGUGAGGACUUCUGCGCUGUGUGUCUGAUUGGAGGAGACCUGCUGUGCUGUGACCGUUGUCCUAAAGUCUUCCACCUGGCCUGCCAUGUGCCCUCUCUCCUCAGCUUCCCCACGGGUGACUGGGUGUGUUCGCUGUGCAGAGAUCUUCAGCAGCCAGAAGUGGAGUACGACUGUGAAAACCAUAGGCGGACUGCAGAACAUUCAGGAAAACCUCAUGGGCUCUCCGCUUCUGACCUGAGAAAAUGUGAGCGUCUGACUCUGUUGAUCUGCAGCAACAUGUUAAGUGCUCCCUUCCAUGAGCCGGUUAGUCCACUGGCUCGCCACUACUAUCAGAUUAUCAAAAGGCCAAUGGAUCUGUCUGUGAUCAGGGCUAAACUCAUUAAGAAGAGCACUCACCACUACUGUUCGCCUGAGGAGUUUGUGGCUGAUGUCUUUCUCAUGUUCAGGAACUGUGCAAAGUUCAAUUAUCCGGACUCAGAGGUGGCCCAAGCGGGGCACAGCCUGGAGACGUUCUUCUGCUCCAAACUCAAGGAGGUGUUCCCAGACAGGGUGUUCCCCGCACCCGAGGAUGACUCUGACAGCGAUGAGUACGACGAGGUGUACAGAGCAGCCGGGGGAGGCUUCCCCUGGCCAGAGAAGAGAGAACAUUGCCACAGGAAAAGAAAGAGGAGGCACUCUCUUAACUGGAGAAAGCAUAACUUUUAAUUGGGGGCAGUGAGGGCAGAGCCUGUGAUUGGCUAAUGUGAAGCACAGUAGGCGGUAGACCUGAUAUUGCACUGGACUUUUCCAUUCAAAAGAGGAAGCUGAGUUUUGUAUGAAGGGAUUGUAUGUUAACAUUUCCAAAUGUAUUUCCUCUUAUGAUGACCUGAUAAUUGUGUAAAAUAUUAUUUCUUAACUAUUAAAUAUUACUGCAUAACAUUAACAUCUUUAUAAUUAUUAUGCCUUUAUAAACUGCAUUUAUAGUAUUUGUUUUUUGUUUCAGGUAUAUUUUUAGAUUCUCCAUGAUAUGUAUAGAAAACAUACUGAGGUCAGUAUUGGCAAAUGUUAAACAUUUGUAAAUGUUAAACUCUACAUUAUUUUAUUUUAUAUAUCAAUAUUCUUACAUUUUAAUGUUUAAAUGAUUGCAGGCAAUAUUUCUGUCUUUGAAUUACUAUAGAUAAAAUGUCUCUCCUAAUUAUGCAUUUGAAGUACAGUACAGAAUUUAUGGUAAUGGCUUGUGUGACUGACAGAGGGCGCCCUAUCUUCAGAAGCUAGACUGAGUUCAAUGGAAAAGGUUAAGUUCAUAUUGAACCGGGAGGGGGGAUUAAGAUGCAAUUAAACAGGAAAUAGUUGACAUUGCCACAAUAGUAUUGCAAGGUGACACUUAUGCUUUAGAUUUGCAUUUCUUAAAUCUUAAUGAAGUUAUACUUCAUUAGCACAAGGCCAGUAUUAUUCAUGAUUCUUUUCUCCUGCUUAAUAGGAAUGGAAUGUAUUUUGUUCAGUCUCAAUAAAAAAAGAGAAGUUAGAGGAUCUCAUAAUCUUAUGUUAUUUAAACUUUUUGCAAUUACUAUGUAAAAUGUAAGUGUUAAUUUACUAAAUGUUUAAUGGCUGCAUUAAGUUAGAGUUGGCAGUGUUUUGUAGAGGUUGCAGCAAAAUAAUAACGAAAAUUACAUGUUGGAUCAAGCUAUCUUUGCUAUUUGAAUAAAUAAACCAACUUAAAA